AUGCAAGAGAAAUUUCCUUUAAACUCUCCACAUGUUUUCAAAAUUCUUCCGCUAGAAUUAGUGGUAGAAAUUGUUUCCCAUUUACUUGCGGUGGAUUUGUAUUAUUUAGCUCAGUGUGAUCGAUAUUUAUUGAAAUUGAUAUUUGAUCAAUCACCAGAAAAGAUUCGCUUGUUGGAACGAAAGAAAAUUCAAUCCACGAAACAGUAUGAUACUUCGGAUUUAUAUAGAAAAGACUUGGAAAAUAACUAUUCAAAACAAUUCGCUCUUAUUCAGCAAAACGUUUGGAAAUCGCUUGUUCGUUGUUAUUUUCCAUAUUUUGAUUUAAAUUUAAAUAUUCGGAAUUGGAUGCAAGUGGUGAGAAGAAGAGUGAAAAAUUUAAAGACCUAUAAACCUCACUUGUUGCCAUUGAAUAGGUAUUUCGACGAGAAUGCAAACAAACCAUACUCGAAAAAUGCUAUUGAGGAAGAUGAGUGGCAGGAAGAUGGUCUCGAAUGCAACAAAUCUUGUGGUGUUGUCAGUAAUCAAGAAUUGCCUGAACCUGUAUUUAUUGAAAAUUGUGAACUUGUAUAUGAAUGUCCAAUGUCUCUUGACGAUAUUUCAUUCAACAAGGUUUUUUCACGAUCAUCCAAUUAUUGUAACACCUGUAAGAAAAACGUCCUACUCAUUUCAUCAAAGGAUGAGUUUAAAAGACAAAUUGGAAAGGAAGGAGUGUGUGUUGCUUUCAAAAACAAGGAAGAGCACGUGUUUAUUGGCCUGUUGUGA